AUGACUGACGCCAACACAAGGCGCCCGUCCUCUCUGGACGGCACACCAUGUCUGCCCCUGCAGGAAAGUGAGCCACGCGCCAGCAUUGUCGAAACCCCCUCAAGGCAGGUUCUCAAUGGAACACAUGUUGCCAGAGAACGUCCAUGGAGCAGAGGUAUUCUCCCGGACGACUUUCCCGAGUAUCACAGACAAAUGUGGGAGGGAAUUGAUCCAGCGGAUCUGAAGCCGGGCGAAGGGAAGACUUUGUGGAAGUGGUCGAGGAAUGGCAAAGUCUCGCACGAUUCUUACAAGGAAUCCAAAACAGUAGCCGACCAGCAUAUCAAGGCACUGAAGGAGCUCUUCGACAAGGAGCUGUCGGGUGACAACCGAUACCACGAAUCUCUGACCAAGCUGAAGGAUUUGGCAGAAAUGCUAGAUGGAUACCCUGUCGCCAAGCAAGACUUCGAGGAUGCCAUACAACCAGUUAGGGAGGCCAUAGAUGUCUGGCACGAGAUCUUUGCGAAGAUGGGAGCAAAAUCGGUGCCAAUCGCAGAAGCAGAUCUUGUCUCUGAUUUUGGCAAUCCCAUCAGCCCCUUCCUUGGUCUACCGGCAGACUCCACGACGUGGGUAGACUUUUUGAGAAAGUUGACUGGACUGGAGGAAUGGGAUUUCAUUCAAAAAGUCACGAGUAUCCAGGUUUAUGGGGUUGGGAAAUUGGGGCUGCUAUCAAAGACUGAUCUUGAUGAGGCACUCCUCGUGGCCAAGAAUCAAGCCCACUUCCGAUGCCUCACGUGGGCGGAAAAGCUCAUCAAGUCUUACGAGGGCGAUGACUCUAACCUUAUCGACACAGGGCAUCGAAUCAACGUCAACCAAAAGCGCCCCAACGCUGACAUUGAGAAGGAUGAGGACAUCGUUGCCGAGAAGCCAAUUCAAAGCAACCGAUUGGAGACAAGUCCCACAACGACGACCGCGAGAAUGAGGAUAUCGCCGCCUUUGAAGCAAGUCUCUUGGAAACCGUCGACGCUGAUGACGAUUAUGAGGGUCUCUCAUGGUCCUGACGAGCUGGAAGAUGAGGAGGAGGAAGGUGACGAGGAGGCAAGAUGGUUCGUAGAGUGA